ACCCGGCUUCUCCCUCUACUUUGUACUCUACAUGCUGCAGGACUGCUAGUAUUGUUGGGCAGAGUGAUUGGGGUUUCUGUACAAUCUCCCGUGACCAAUGAGCGGGGUGCUGUCAGGGGUAACCACAUCUGUCAACCGUUCUUGGCCAAUAAAGAGCGGAGCGAGGCGGACCACAGGUGCGCGCCUCUGCGUCCCCUUGGCACAGCGCCCGGGAGAUGCUGGAGAGAGACGCCUCGCUGCCCCGUGGCGCAAAAGAGUUCCUGUCAAAGGCAGCCUCCUUUUAACUCCAGCUAUCACUCUGGCUGCGAGAGUUAUGGCGACCGCAACGUCCAACCACUACAGCGUCCUCAGCACCCCCAGCAGCGCGCCGCCGCCGCACUCCGAGUCCGGGAGCAUGCAGCAGGCGGCAGCGUACAGGGACGCGCACAGCCUGCUCCAGAACGACUACAGCACGUUACCGGGCGGCGGACAUCCUCUCAGCCACGCGCACCAGUGGAUAACGGCGCUGUCUCACGGUGACGGCGGGGCGCCCUGGCCAUCAAGUCCCCUCGGAGAGCAGGACGUGAAGCCCGUGCUGCACGACAGUGACCGAGAGGAGCUGCAGAACUCCAGCAGUCUGCAGCAGCAGCAACAGCGACACCCUCACCUCGCGCACCAGCAGGCGCAUCACGACGCCAGAGCAUGGCGAACCAGCACAGCCACCACGCACAUCCCCGGUAUGGCGACUUCUGAGGGCCAGAGCCUGGUCUAUUCUCAGUCCGGUUUCGGUCUGAUGCCGGGGGGAGAGCAAGGGGGGAUGCAUCACCACCCCCUGCGGGACGAGGACCACCACAGCCACAGCCCGCACCUCAGUGAGCACGGAGGCGGCCCCGGGGCCCACCAGCAGUCUCUUUCACACCAUCACCAGCACGGGGGCCACCAGGACCAGUCAGACGAGGACACUCCGACCUCUGACGAGUUGGAGCAGUUCGCUAAGCAGUUCAAGCAGCGCCGCAUCAAGCUGGGCUUCACGCAGGCGGACGUGGGUCUGGCUCUGGGUACGCUGUAUGGAAACGUGUUUUCUCAGACCACCAUUUGCAGGUUCGAGGCUCUGCAGCUCAGCUUCAAAAACAUGUGCAAACUCAAGCCCUUGUUGAACAAGUGGCUGGAGGAGGCGGACUCCACCUCGGGGAGCCCCACGAGCCUGGAUAAAAUCGCGGCUCAGGGGAGGAAAAGGAAAAAGAGGACCUCCAUCGAGGUGGGCGUGAAGGGGGCUCUAGAGAGCCAUUUUCUCAAAUGUCCAAAACCAGGAGCGGCAGAGAUCAACUCCCUCGCGGACAGCCUGCAGCUGGAGAAGGAGGUGGUGCGGGUUUGGUUUUGUAACAGGAGGCAAAAAGAGAAGAGAAUGACACCUGCGGGGGGACAGAUAGCAGGAGGAGAGGACAUGUACGGGGACACCCCUCCUCACCACGGAGGACAAACUCCUGUGCAGUGACCCCCCCUCGAAGUCCGUCAUCCUGAUCCGAAACGGACCCCUAAAGAGGAAUACAUGCCUCCUUAUUUGUUUGAUUGUCAGUGCUGGACCGCGCGGAACUGGACCUCAGCCAGGUGAAAUGUUGGACCCACGGACACACGCAUAAAUACACGCACACACAGUGGGACACACACAGUGGGGAUCUACAGUGGCACUCCAGCACUGAAAAAACGCAGAGUAGGGAGCCGUAUAAGGAGGUUUCAUGCCGUGGGACUGCCAAAUACUGGAAGACGGCUGGUGUGUGCUAACCAAAAGAAAAAAAGACAACGAAACGCUUUUCUCUACGUUUUCCCAAGGCGUCACUAUUUUACGCGUCAUUAAAGAAAGGCAUUAGGGGGGGGUUCAUCUGGGCACGAGGUGUCCUCUGGAGGGAAAAUAUAUAAAAUCAAGCUCGUGGCUCGAGGAGAAGUCGCAGUCAGUGUGGGUAAAUAAACGCCAUCUUUCCAUCAUAACAAAAGCAACAGGGGUUCUGCUCAGCGCGUGGCAUGAGAGGCUGAAAUGGCAGACACCUGCUGAACAAGGUUUAAAAUACCAGCCAACUGCUUCACUUACUACUGCUACUACAAAUACUAUUAUUAUUAUUAUUGUUAUAAUAGUUCUAAUUAUUAUU